GCUGACGUCACUUUUAAUCAAGAAGGACUUUAUAGGCGUUUAAAUCACGAAACAAUGGUCCAAUGUAGUUGUUUAAAUAAGCGUCUCUGGCUCGUCGUGUUAUGAUAGCGUGUUAGCACGGAGGCGUUUCUUUGGCAGGAAGUCAGCUGAAGUUGGAGCAUAAAAAGUGUGAGAGCGGCGAGUCGAGCUAAGAAUUUCCACUCAGCGAUUUAACCAGGAAAUUAAAAAAAACCCCAAAACUGAAAACAUGGUACAGCAAGGCAGCAAAUGUGGCGUUAAAGACGAUCUUCUGCUUAAAGCGGGACAUCCUCCUGCAGUGAAGGCUGGAGGUAAACGGGUGGCGAAGAAAAGUCUGGAGGAGGCCAGCACCCAUGGGACUCCAGAGAAGGAUUCAAGGAAGCCUGAAAAAUCCAGCAGGUCUGUUUCCACUGCAAACAGGAUGCAACGAGUCGGUCUUCUUCUGUCAGGAACUCUUGACAAGUUGAGCCAUGACUUCCCGGAGACGCCAGUGAGCGUGAGGCACAGCAGAAUGCGACCUGCUGUGGAGAAGCUGCACUCCCCUCGCUCCUUCUUCAUCCAGCAGCCCAGGAAGUACUGAAGGAUGAACAUAUAAGCCUUGUGUGCUUGUAGAUAAGCAAACCUUCUUCUGUUUACACUCUCCGGUAUAUCCAGCCUCCGUGUCCCCUUUUUGUAGCUAGUGGAACACUCUUUGUACCGCUUGAUACUAUUAAUAAAACAAAUGUAUAACUUUG